AAGAUAAACCAGAUUGGACCUAUAAUCACAUAAAUCCUAUCGAAUAGCUCCUUUGUAUAUAUCUUCUGUCUUUGUUCGGACACUCUUUCAAACCAACUGUUCAUUCGUUUCCCGCGAACUCGAUAGUUUAACGCUGCACGCUCAGUCGACCGGGUAUUUUGCUGCACGGCUACCAUACACUGGAUAGCAUGUCGACCACCAGCUACAAUGGCCUCUAAGCAACUCACCAGCAUAGAACUACCUACAAUACGUAUCAGAGAUUCUUCACCGGAAUCAGAACGGCAAUCGAAGAAUCCCGUGGACACCAGGUCUAGGUAUACUCCCGCCAGUGAUAGAACCAGAUCUGCAUCCCAGCGUCGAACAAUAUCCGGCCAUCUAGGACUCGACAGGAUCCCCGAAAUUGAAGUUUCGAGGACCAUUUCGCAAGACAGUUCGGAAGGAAGAAGCGUGCAAAGUCUUAGGUUCUCUCGAAACUAUGCAGCAGCCAUCAAUAACAGACGGGUGUCAUUUCCUCUACAGAUAGAUACUCGUCCUGAUGGAACAGACUGCGAAACUGGAGGCCUCUUGCAUGCCGAACAUUCAGAAAAGAACGACCAUGACCACCAAUAUGCCGGCAACCUACUUCCUGCCCCUGCAUCUAAACCACUGCUUAGAGAAACUAGAGUGCCACUAUCUCCCUUGGAGGAUCAAACUGAACAUUACCCGCUGGAGAGCCCCAGUGGUCCAAGAGCCCAACGGUCGACGAGUUUGACACAUGUAUCAAGGUCAAAGUCUAUCUUGGGACGACUUGGUCCGCUGAGAUCGCCAGAUCUACGGUCUAACUUGAGCUUUCAAUCGAGUAAAUCUAGAAGAAGCGCUUAUGAGGCCCUGGAUUAUCUGGCCGACGACAAACCAGGAGAUGCAGAGCUUGUCGACAUCUCCUUCUUUGAAGGUCCUCUAAACAUCAAAUGGAAUCGUGCGUCGGAGGAUCAAGCCUCCGACAACCAGGAAGCACCAACAAUUGAUAGUCGCAUCAAGCUCGGAGAUAGAGUGCGAGUAGGGGCGGAACUCAGUGUUGGUCCUGUGUUGGGGGGGCCCGAGAGGCCUCAUAGUCUGCGACCUCAGCGUGAAUCCAAACGUGCAAGUCUCGACAGGACCGCCACGGUCCGACGAUACGGGCAACAACUGGCAGAGAAGAACAACAUAAUUGUUUCCGUCAAGGAAUCCCCGCCAACGAUAGACUUGAGCUCUCUGGAAGGCACAGGAUACCCAGAAUCUAGCAGCAGCGGCUCUCUGCUGAGCAAAACUUCGACGAACAACCUUGUACAGAAAAGUUACUUCUAUCCAUCGGACCCAGAGCAACCGGAUUGGAAACCAUUUCCAAUGAGUAGUAUCUAUAUCAUUAUGCUUGUUCUGGUCUCUCUUACUCUAGCCAUUGUGCAGGAGUACCUAUGUCAAAGAUCAAUGGCGCUCGAAAACGAAGGAACCGGCCUGAUAAGCUACGACAGCGUCUCUGAUAUUCCUACUGCAGAGUUCUUCUGCUGGAAAUACCUCCCGACUAUAGUGAUGGUCAGCUAUGGCGUGUUAUGGCAGAUCACGGACUACGAAGUUAAACGUCUGGAGCCGUACUAUCAGCUUUCACAGCCCAUGGGCAACACCGCCGCAAAGACCAUUAAUCUCGACUAUAUCUCCCUUUGGUCUUACCUUGUUCCAUACAAAGCUUUACAAUAUCGACAUUGGGCUGUCUUCGUCUCUUCGUUUGGCACAGUACUAGCUACCACUGUGGCACCCUCGCUGCAAAACCCUUCAGUGGCUCCAAUACCGAAUCCCAUGUGCGAUACUAAGCGCCAGUGCCACGGACAGCAUAAAUUCUUCGUCCAGAUACAUCCAGUAUGGUCUCGAAUCCUCACAGCUUGUCUCAUCCUCGUGGCCAUCUUUGCUCUGGUUCUCCUGUUCCAACUUCGAAGGAAAUCCGGUCUUCUGACCGACCCGAAAGGCAUCGCCGGCAUCGCAUCCAUGGCUACAAGAUCUCACAUCCUCACAGACUUCACCGGGAUGGAAGAGGCACGAGAGGACGAAAUCCAUAAAAAGCUCAAGAACCGACACUACCUUCUUUACAAAUCCACCAUUUGGCAGGGCGAGUAUAUGAGACGCGCGGAAUCAGAUCUGUCAUACACGGAGCUGCAUAAAGUCGAGAAUCCACAUCCCAUGAUCCUCCGACGAAACCCCAGCAUAGCAUUCAUCACUUUAUUGAUCAUCUUUCUCGCAUUAAUCCCAAUCAUCACUUACACAGACGUGAAUGUCGUCGUGGCCAAAGUGCCCUGGCUACCCACGCUCAUCACAACAAUCAUCAAACAGUUCUGGAGCACGCUGGAAUUCUCAGUCCGGAUGCUCGAACCCUUCUACAUCCUCUCCAGAGGUAACGCGCGACCUGAACUGACCCUAACCCUCGACUACAAGGGCACACCCUACGGUCUCCUCCCAUUCCAAGCCUUCUUCAACAGACACUAUCUCGUCGCGCUCCUCGGUCUGGGUUCUAUCAUGGGCGACAUCCUCACAGUUACCGCAUCAUCACUCUACCUAAAGGAUGAAACACCUCGAUCAUUCAUCGUAUCUUCCACUCUCUCCAUACUCAUUACUGCAUUUCUCAUCCUUUCUGCAUCUCUCGUCUUAGCCCAAAGGAGACACGCCUUCCUCCCUCGUCAACCAUCUACCAUCGCAUCCAUAUUGGCUUUCAUCUACCAGUCACGAAUGCUCGAUGAUUUCGUCGGGACGGAACGGUUUAAUAACAGUGAAAUGGAAGCUCUGCUCGCUGCGAAAAAGAAGCGGUAUGGUCUAGGAUGGUUCAAGGGUCGUGAUAAAAAGCCGCAUUGUGCAGUGGACGAGGAGCCGAUGUUGAGUAGGUACGUUCAUGGAGUAAGCUAUAUUCGGGCGCAGGCGCCAUGGGAGGAAGGUAUUGGAGUUUGAGCUGGAACUCGUUUCAAUUGAUUUUUUAUAUGCUGAUACCUAUACCCAUACCCAUACCCAUACCACUAUACAUUUAUGUAUGUAUAUACCUAUCAAGGUUUACCCCUAUAGUUGACGCAAAACAAAGAUGUUAUCCGAGCCAGACAAUAAGAAGAACUGCGCUCGUUUUUGUUCAUUCUCAGGUUGAAACUAUUAUAUAGACAUAGGGCAUUAAGAAUACAUUAUAUUAUACUGACG